AUGGCAGGAGAAGAACAAUCCAGAAGUACAACGGAAAGCAAAGGUUCAAGAGGGGUAAAGUUUCAGAUUGAUCUAACAGAAGAUGCAGCAGAUGAGAAAAACAUCCCGGAAGAAAAUGAGCAGCAUGAUAAACUUAAUGAAACACUGACUUUUGAACAUGGAGAAAACCUUAAGAAAAAACUGGCAAACUAUGAGGAAGAAUUACGGCACUGGAAGAUGGAAGCUGACAAUGAAGAUGCGAUAAAUGACAGAAAACACUGGCAAAUCUCAACUCCACAGACACUAUUGAAUCACUUAGAAAAUGUAGAUACCACAUCUGUAUGGAAUACUAUGGAUAAAGCUGGCCAGGUAAAUGAAAUACAAUCUGAGUUCCCUGAAAUUAGGAAAAAAUGGAGCCCAAGAUUACCAAGUACUCUAAUGAAUAUGUUAGCAGAAGCAGAAUGUACCAGUGACACCUUGUGCCAAACUGAAGAACAUAAAGAAACAAUAAAUCAGGGGAUUCCAGAAUCUAUUAAAGAUGCUCCAGGAGUUAAUUUGGUUGCUAACCCAGAUGAAAGUAAACUUGAUCCAAGAUCGGAUGAUGAAGAUACAAACUUUGAAGAAUCUGAAGAUGAACUGAGAGAUGAGCUAGUGGAAUCUUUAGAAAAUGUGGUAACAUCUCUAGAGGAGGAAAUUUCAAAAAGUCCAGUUGAAUCGGCAAACAUGGAACAACAAAAACAAUCUACAGACGAUAGCAAACUUAGCAAAUCUAAUGACAGUUUCGAAAAUAAUAAUGACUUGGCUGGAGAAAAACAAAGUGCAAUCAGUUAACACAUUCUUGGGUAAUAAAUACUUAAGAAUUAAUAAUAACCAAUUGUAUACAUGUUAAGACCAGAGUUUAGAAAGUGGGUGCUUAAUAUUUUCGAUAUAAAUUUUACACAGUAGCCUAGUAUACCAAAGUAAAAAUCUCUAGAGCUGGAAUUCUUCUCUCUUGGUUUGUA